GUCUAGAUAAACAAGGUAUAUACCCCGUAUAUGAUGAAUAAAGUAUCGAGUUUACACCAUGUUAUCACAUGUUAUCAGCACGAGUCUCUAUACCCCAAUUCUUUUGGCCGCUCCUCCCUUUCCUUCCGCCGGAGACCAAUCCUCCGCCAAAGCAUUUGGGAAUUUGCCGUUGUUUCAUCAAACCAAACGGCCUGCCCUUGAGAUCGAUCUAGAAGAAGGGGAAAAGCAUGGUAAUUUCCCGGAACCUUCUCGCCCUUGCAGCCGUACCAAUAAGAACUCGCCCCGAGAUCCAUUCAAUCCACUUUUCCUAAAAAUGCGCAAAUCGCUCCAAUUGCGGCCUCAAAUGGCCUCAUCCAUCAAACCGUAGCAGACCGCCGCGUCGGCGACGAUGACGUUCCUGUUGACAGCCCGUGGCCUUGCCGUCCGCGGGGGAAUCGUGGAUGCUCCGGCGGCGAACCGCGGCGGAAUUUGGGGCCUGCACAAGCUCACUAAGUUGUUGCUUAUUGUAAAUGUUCAGAACGGUCUAGGGCCGAUCAGAGUGGUGCUCUCGCCGGAAAACACCUUCGGUGAUUUAAUCAAGGAGGCAAUUGAGUGCUAAGGAGAAGCGGCGGCCGUUGUUGCUUAGCCCUAACCUUGCGUGCUAUGAGCUUCAUUAUUCUCAAUUUAAUCUCCAGAAAAAUAUUUGGGUAUCUGUCGAGGCGUUGAUGAUUUCUUAGCCGGUGAUGCAUAUCUGAAUUGAUAACUCAGGGCUCUGCUUUUAUAAUCCUCACAUGGUCCAGGUUAUGUUGAACAUCAUUAGCCACAAAAGAGCCUGCAGCUCUGGUUAAUAUG